AUGCACCUUGUCGGCGUCAAGAGCAUGACGGUAGAGCAACUGAAGUCAUACCACUCCACGCGAUAUGAUUCGAUUUGCCCCGGCCAUCCUGAAAUUGAGAACGAGGGCGUUGAAGUAACCACGGGUCCCCUUGGUCAAGGCGUUGGUAAUGCAGUCGGUCUCGCUAUGGCGACUAAACACCUGGCUGCAACCUACAACAAGCCUGGCAUUGAAGUCGUCAAUAACAUGACAUGGUGUAUGAUUGGCGACGCCUGUCUCCAAGAGGGUGUUGGACUAGAGGCCGUUUCCCUCGCCGGUCACUGGAAACUCAACAACCUUUGUAUCAUCUACGACAACAACUCGAUCACUUGCGACGGUACAGCCGACGUUGCAAAUACCGAAGACAUUAAUGAGAAGAUGAAGGCGACAGGGUGGAACGUCAUUGACGUGUUUGAUGGCCACUCAAACAUUGGUGCUAUUGUUCAAGCCCUGAUGACUGCCCGAAGUAGCGAUAAACCGACCUUUAUCAAUAUUCGAACGGUCAUCGGCUUCGGCUCACUCAUGGCUGGAAAUGCCAAAACUCACGGUGCUGCCCUAGGCGCCGAAGAUGUUGCCAACAUUAAGAAGGCAUUCGGCUUAAACCCUGAAGAGCAUCUCGUCAUCCCGCCUGAGGUAUACGACUUCUUUAGGGAGGUUGCGGAUCAUGGCGAGCAACUCGAGGCAGAUUGGAACUCGACAAUUAAAGCUUACACAGAGACAUACCCAGAGCUUGCAGCCGAGUUCAAGCUCCGCGUGGAGGGCAAGAUGCUUGAUGAAUGGACCAAGUAUAUCCCGAAGAAGGAAGACUUCCCCACAGGCCCAACCGCUUCGAGGAAGUCAGCCGGACUCGUGGGAAAUCCGCUGUGUGAGAAUGUAAAGAAUUUCCUAAUCGGCACUGCGGACCUGACACCAUCUUGUAAUGUUGCGUACAACAAGAAGGUUGACUUCCAGUCGCCUGAGCUUCGAACCGCCUGUAAUUUGAACGGAGACUACACAGGGAGAUAUAUUCACUACGGCAUCCGCGAGCACGCCAUGGGCGCAAUCGCAAACGGCCUCGCUGCAUUCAACAAAGGCACAUUCUUGCCAAUCACGAGCACGUUUUUCAUGUUCUACAUCUAUGCGGCUCCCGCUGUCCGCAUGGGUGCUCUCCAAGGCCUCCAGCAAAUCCAUAUCGCUACACACGACAGUAUCGGAACAGGUGAAGACGGUCCCACACAUCAGCCAAUCGCAUUGCCAGCAUUGUACCGUGCAAUGCCAAACCUCCUCUACAUCCGACCAUGUGAUUCGGAAGAGGUCGCCGGCGCCUUCAUUUCGGCAAUCAAUGCUAAGGAGACCCCAACCAUCAUCUCUCUUUCCCGCCAAAACCUCACACAAUACCCACAAUACUCGUCCCGCGACGGCGUUGCUAGAGGUGCCUACGUCUUUAUCGAAGAACCAGAGUUUGACGUUACACUAAUCGGCGUGGGGUCGGAAAUGGGCUUCACGGUUCAGACCAAGGAGCUGUUGGAAAAGGAGCAUGGUCUCAAGGCCCGCGUUGUCUCGUUCCCCUGCCAGCGUCUCUUCGAGCAACAAUCCAAGGAAUAUAAACAGUCGGUCCUAAAACCGAAAUCUGGAAAGCCUAUCGUCGCCAUUGAAGCUUACGCCGCAAAUGGCUGGGAACGCUACGCCGAUGCCUCGAUAUCAAUGAGGCGGUUCGGCAAGAGUCUGCCGAGCGCCACGACAUAUGAGUAUUUUGGGUUCCAGCCGAAGAUUAUGGCGCCAAAGAUUAGUGCAUUGGUAGAGGAGGUGAAGAGAGAGGGAAUUGAGAGUUUGAGGGGCGAUUUCAGGGACUUGAAUGGGUAUCUAGGAAUUGGGUUUGAGCAUUGA